GUCUGGGAAACUUUCCUCGGUGUUUUUUGCCCUGGUUUCCUAGCAACUGAAUGGGAUCUUUACUGUCUUAAGACAGGAAGUCGGGCUUCGCCUCUUUUUCUCUCAUUGGUUGAGAAAUUAAAGCUCCCGCAGCGCUGAUUGGCUGAUCUGCUCAGGGCUUAACAUUUGAAUCCGCGUUCGGGGAAAGCUGGAAGACGUAAGUCGGCACGAAACAAACCCAAGUAAGUCAUUGCAAAACCUGGUGGAUAUAAAAAAGCCGAUAUUUCUCCAAGGACGAAUCCAGUUCGGUUCUAGUCCGUUUUGCACAAAUCACCCAUCUUAGCCGGUCUUCGGCUUCAAUUUCUCUACAGUUCGGGGACAGCAUGCAGCUCAGCUGCCAGUCCGACGGGCGCAUUCGCUGCACUGUAGCUAUCGAGCAUUUGGGUGCAGCAGUCCCGAGUCGAGUGCUGCUUCGGGACGCCUGGGUGACCUUGGGCCGGGAUGAGUUCCGAGAGCUGGCGUUGCAAGUGACAAAUAGCAGUGGUCCGGAAAUUCCCCGCAACUUCCCUUUACGCCGGGAUGGAGUGCGACUGUUCACACGUUUCAUGAAAGACGGGAAAAGCUCGGUGCGUUUGGGUUCAGGCACCAAGGGCGUGCAGCUGCUGUUCUCGAACUGCCCUCCCGACCUGUUGCGUCGCUUCAUUCAGACGCUGCGCAUCAAAUUCAAAGCAACCCAGGAGGGGGUUCGGCCCGUGAGCGAACGGACGAGGCUUCUCUCUGGCCUGCCGCGCACCUUCGACACAGUCAGCCCCGUGCAGGUCCGCGACUUGCAGCAGGGGAGGGUCAGGCAAAUCUUGGCUGAUGUGGCCACCACCCCGACCAAAAGCCAGGCCCUUUGCGGUGAGCUUCGAAAACGUGCCCGGGAUGAAUCGGUGACUGAAAUACAAUCAGCUAAGAAGCUGCCUUGGUUGAUGCGCUCCAGAGCCACACUCACACAGGAUCAAUCAAUGGUGCUGAAUGCAGUGCUGAGUGGAAAGAAUGUCUUCUUCACAGGCAGUGCUGGGACUGGAAAAUCCUACUUGCUGAAAAAGAUUGUGGCCUCACUGCCUCCGAACAGCACUUAUGCCACAGCCAGCACAGGAGUAGCAGCAUGUCAAAUUGGUGGCACCACCCUCCAUGCCUUUGCAGGUAUUGGUUCUGGAAAGGCCCCCCUCCACCAGUGCACUGAGCUGGCUCAGAGGUCAGGGGUACGGCUACAGUGGCUAAAUUGCUGUCAUCUGAUCAUUGAUGAGAUCUCUAUGGUGGAUGGUGAAUUCUUUGAUAAGCUGGAGGCAGUAGCCAGAACUAUCAGGAAAUGUGAGGAUCCAUUUGGAGGAAUUCAGCUCAUCAUCUGUGGAGACUUCCUGCAACUACCCCCAGUCAGCAAAGGCACCGAGCAAGCCAAGUUUUGCUUCCAGGCAAAGAGUUGGAUGAAGUGUAUCCACUUGAACAUGGAACUGACCAAAGUGCAGAGGCAAACUGACAGGGACUUCAUUGCUCUUCUGGAUGCAGUUCGGCAGGGCAGAUGCACAGAGGAGGUCACCAAACAGUUAACUGCAACAGCAGCCCACAGGGUGGAAAGAGAUGGAAUCCUGGCCACUCAGUUGUGCACCCACAAGGAUGAUGUGGAACUGACAAAUACGAAACGACUGCAGAAGCUAUCUGGAGAACCACGGUGCUUCAAGGCAGUGGAUAGUGACCCUGGGUUGGUGAAAACUUUAGAUGCACAGUGUCCUGUAAGCAGCAUCAUUGAACUUAAACUCGGUGCCCAGGUGAUGCUUACCAAGAAUUUGGAUGUAUCCCGGGGUUUGGUAAAUGGGGCUCGUGGAGUUGUGAUUGGUUUUGAAACUGAAGGAAAAGGACUGCCUAAAGUGAGGUUUCUGUGUGGUGUCACUACUCUUGUUGGGUUGGAAAGAUGGGUCUUAAAGGGACCAGCAGGGACACAUCUGACUCGCCAACAAUUGCCCCUAAAACUUGCCUGGGCCAUUUCCAUCCACAAGAGUCAGGGUAUGUCUCUAGACUGCGUUGAAAUCUCCCUAGCUCGUGUCUUUGAAUGCGGCCAGGCUUAUGUAGCGCUUUCUCGGGCACGUAGCUUAACAGGACUUCGUGUUCUGGAUUUUGAUCCCAGUGCAGUGAAAGCUAAUUCUUGCGUGUUGCAUUUCUACCGUUGCUUGAGGAAAGAACAAUUUUUAGCUCAGGCCUCUCUGAAAUCCUACAUUCAAGCUGAUAAGGAAAACUGAGACAACUGGAACAAUUGUGAGCAUACCUCAUUCCAGUUUGUUGUUAAUUUGGAAAACUAUUUUUGCUGGCUGCUUUGGCUUAAUUGCUCGUGUACAAAGGAGUAUUCUUUUCCUCUAUUACAGAUCACCCUAGGGCAGGUAGAUACAGCCCUAGGGCAGGUAGAUACAGCAGAGUUGUUCCAAAGCAAAAUCACAUACUGGAAGAGAGGUUAUUAAGCUAAAAGCUCAGUAAAUAUUUGUCAUGAUUGAUUAGUCCGUUUUAUUUGUGUUUAAGCCUGUAUACAUAUGCAUUGUAUAUGUGAAAGCAAUUUUUCACUGAAGAAUAAAAAACUAAUUUACAAGUACAA